AAAUUCUUAGGUUGAUCCUAAUCGCUUCAGUACACGACAAAAUAUCUCAAACAUCUUACCAGAGAUCGCAAUGGCCACGUUCGAAUAUGACUCGAUCAAUCUCGCACGACCUGCAUUCCGUCUUGCGCGACUUCUAGCAGGCAGCGGCACUGACAUUCAGUGCGAAAUCUUCCAAGCAUGGUUUGAUCAACCCGAGGAUAUCAUGCCAUACGAAGCCUUGUCAUAUACAUGGGGAAGUACGGAAAAGACAGACAAGAUCAAGGUCAAUGCCUGCGAGUUUGAUGUUACUCAAAACCUAUAUUUGGCGCUACAGUAUCUACGCCUCGAGAACGAAGAUCGGAUUUUAUGGGUUGACGGUCUAUGUAUUGAUCAAAUGAACCACGAAGAGAAGGGCCACCAAGUUCAACAGAUGAGCAACGUUUACCGUCGGGCUGAACGUGUGGUUAUCUGGUUAGGUCCCGCCACUUACGAUACAAACGUUCUCAUGGAUUCGAUAAAGGAGGUCGAGAAAGAGAGCAUUGACUAUUCGAGGAACAAUUGGAGAUCUUCAGAUCAAGCUUGGCGAGAUAUUUGGUCAACUGUACAACCCAAGUUGAGGAACAUUCACUCAAACGUGGAAGUCCGACAGCGCAACGGCUUAGAGUCACUCUUCGAGUGGCCCUGGUUUAGCAGAGUUUGGAUUUUGCAAGAAGUUGCAAACGCGCGAAGAGCUGUUGUUGUGUGCGGCGUUAAGUCGGUCUCAGCACGCACAUUCGCCAUUGUUCCAUCUUUAAUAGGAGUGACGCCUCCUCCUCACUGCCAAUCAAUCUUGGAUAUUAUGCCAGGACCUUUAAGGGAGGAGUCUUGGUGGAGCCAAAACCGGGAUCUUCGGACUCUUCUACUAAAGUUCGGCAAAACCGCUGCAUCCGACCCGCGAGACAACAUCUACGCGUUACUUGGUAUCUCUUCAGAUGCGUGUAAUAGCGAUAUCCUACGGGCGGAAUAUUCAAAGUCAGAACAGGAGGUUAUGAAGGACGUAGUUUCAUUUCUACUCCGCUGUCCCGAGCUACACAACACGAAAUUUCUGUCCGACUAUACCAUGCCGCAGUUUCUUGAAAGUGCAGGCUUUUUGAGCAACUUGGCCUUAAACUGGGCACAAAAGGCAGAGAAUGAACCUCUGGCAAAGGCAUCGCUUGCGCACGACUAUAUCGACGUGAACUUGAAAGAUGAUGGAGGUACCACACCGCUAUUAUUGGCGGUGCAAACAAAUCGCAAAUGGUUAGCAAAGCUCCUACUUGAGCAUGAAGAUAUCGAUGUAAAUUUGAAGGAUACGGACAAGAGAACACCGCUUAUGGUAGCGAUACGAACCGGACGCAAAGAAAUUAUAAAGAUGUUGCUCUCACACCGCAAUAUUGAUGUGAACUUGAAGGAUAAGGACGAGAGAACACCGCUUAUGGUAGCGGUACAAGCCGGGCGCGAUGAUAUUAUAAACACGUUCAUCUCACACGUCAAUAUUACUAUGUAUUUGAAGGAUAAGGAGAGGAAAAAAACCCCGCUCAUGGCGAUGGCAGAAGUCGGAAUGAGAGGGAUUGUAAUGAUGCUGCUCUCACACAGCAAUAUUGAUGUGAACUUGCAAGACAAGAGCGGCGAUACGGCACUCCAUCUGGCAAUGGGUGUCUCCGUGAUUGCAAACCUAGUUCUGGCACAUGAUGACAUAAAGGUGGACUUAAAGAAUACUCUCGGGCAAACAGCACUCCAAAAAGCGGAGAUGGGGGAGGACUGGGGGGUAGUAGAGCUAAUAAAUAGUACUAACAGAGAGAAGAUCACACAGGAUUGAGAUUUUGUACCAUAAUUUAUGUACAUCAUGCGCACUUUUGUCUAGUUUAUAUAGCCGCAAGACAUUUACUAUACGCUUCAGUGUCCGACGACACUGAAGCUUCUUCAUCUUCUUCGUCCUCCUCUGCGUCAUAUUCUGAAUCAGAUUACCGCAUUGAAAAAG